ACAUACUUUUUGGCGACUCCGCUGGGGACGAAAGAUCUUGGUUAAUAGAACCGAUCUAAUCUACUCCAAAGAAGAUGGACUCCAACACAGAAAUCGACAAGGAGAACAUCAUCCCUUCAUAUGAACAUCUUCCGGAGGACGUUCGUUUGCUGCUGGAGGAGCGCAAGAAGAAGCGUGAUGAAGAAGAUCUACAAGCGGCGCUUGCAAGCAUCAAGGUCGGUCGAUGCGGCAAAGUCACCAAGAUCAAAGAGAUCGACUUCACUUCUACUUCCUCGGAUGCAUCUACUGAGGUUGAUCAGAAUCCUUUCCCAGUGCAUGUGUUGGAAUUGAAAAAUCCUAAAGUGCUAGUUCGGCCGAGUCAAGCCGAAUCAACCAAGGGGAAGAAUGUAGUUAUUGGUGAUGAAAGACCUGAAAAGAAGCUGACACAGGAGAUCCCUCAAGGUGCAAAAACACUCGGGGGGCAAGACAAGAAGAAGGCCGACAACAAGUCGACCGGUUGA